CUGAAAUGGGCAUCAGAGUGAAGGUAGGUUCUAGCAUGUUUUAAAUAUAUUGAAUAUUUUUCUUACACCUGCCCUACAACUAAAUCUUAUUUAGUUUGCUAAUAGUAAGAGAGUAUCGUCUGUGUAACAUCUUUUUUUUCUUCGUUAUAUCACUUUUUCCACCAAACUUGAAUACUCAUCUUCCGUUUCGUGGUUAUUUGUUGUCACGAGCUGUAUAAUCCAUUACCUUCUGGUUUGGCGUGUAUUGCAAGUAGAGAAGAGGAAGAAGAUUAACAAUUUGUAUUUGUAGUUGUACUGCACUACAAGGUUACACGAAAGAGAAAGCCAUUCGGUCGUGUUCUCCAGUGACUACUAAUUUUCUUUACUUGACGCGACUCGCCUUAAAUGACAUAAAUUGCUCUUCCCCUACCCUUUUAUGGAGUUUGAUUAGGAGGUUGCAUAAGAGUCCUUUAUACGAAAUUUGAGUUCCUCCAUUGACCCUUCACCCAUUUUCGUUAUGGCCGUGCCUUGGGAAUGUUUGCGGCUUGUAUCGAUCUCCCGAAAUGCAGGGGUUACAUUUCGCCACUCCUGGUUCUUACAUCCAGGGCAUUUCCACCGUAAAAGAUAUUGUAUUUAUAAUCCUGGCGAGGGACCGGAGAUGCGCGAGAGGGCUGCCAGAUUGUGCCGGGACUACCUUCACGGUGCAUGGAAAAGCAUAACGCCAAAGGACAUAGUUUUGAAAAGAAUUAGUGGGGGACUAAGCAACUGGCUGUACCAUGUUUCACUGCCAACAUCACUGUCACCCAAGGGAUCUGAACCAUCUCAAAUACUGUUGCGGCUCUAUGGCCAAAUACAUGGAGAAAGAGCAUUAGAAGGCCUCAUAACAGAAUCUGUUAUUUUUACCUUGCUCUCUGAACGACAUCUUGGACCUAAAUUGCAUGGGAUUUUCCCUGGAGGACGCAUUGAAGAGUAUAUUCCAGCUAGAGCUCUUCAUAGCAGUGAAUUGAGUAAUUCAAUCAUCAGUCCAUUAAUUGCAGAAAAAAUGGCACAAGUACAUUUAAUGAAUGUUCCCAUUAGUAAGGAGCCACGAUGGUUGUGGGACACAAUUGACAGGUGGUUGAAAAAUGUUGAAGCAAACUUGGACAAUGUGGAAGAUAUAAAGCCAAGUGAUCUUCCCUUCAUUCAGAAAAUUAAAUCAUACAAUUUGAAGAGUGAAGCACAAUGGUUGAAGAAGUUUUUGACAAAAGUUCAGUCUCCUGUUGUGUUUUGUCAUAAUGAUUUGCAAGAAGGAAAUAUUCUUCUGUUGAAUGGAGAUCUCCUCAAUGAAAAAUCUGAAGACACUCGUCUCGUUUUAAUCGACUUUGAAUACUGUUCAUACAACUAUCGUGGUUUUGAUAUGGCUAAUCAUUUUAUUGAAUGGAUGUAUGAUUACACAAAUCCAGAACAUCCCUACUUUUCAGUGCGUCACAAGCACUACCCUACUAAGGAACAACAGCUGCUGUUCAUAAGGAGUUACUUGAGAGCUUUGAGGAAAGAGCAGGAAAGAUUACACAUAAAUUCUGAAGAAGAACUGGCACUUUUGCAUGAAGUACAUGCUUUCACUCUAGCUUCACACUUCUUCUGGGGUCUGUGGAGUUCUGUUAAUGCAAGAAUUUCUUCAAUUUCAUUUGGGUAUUGGGAAUAUGCUGUGGAAAGAUUGGAGUCAUACUUUUUUUGGAAGAAUGCUCUUAAAAAUAAUUCUCCCAUUGUUGAACUUCCCGUGAAAAGAAAACUAGAUGAUAUGGAAGGGUGAUGUGAUGCAUUCCAGAAAUCACAUGUGUUACAUUUGCAUACUAAGUAGCAAUUGCACACAUCAUGCUGUAUGACUGAUUCAGAACAUCUCUAUCUGCUGGUGGUCAUACCUGCAUAAUUCAAGUUGUGGCAGACACUGAAGUUUCAAAAUGAGGCACACAUCAACUUGUUAUUGGAUAAAUUAGUCCUGAGUUAAAUCAUUGAACCUCCGAAUAUCUGUGUAAAGAUUGCAGAUGGAGGAACAGAAUUGCACAUUCUUUGUAAAAGAAGUUUCCUUUUACUUAUAUACUUCAAAUGGAGAGGGAUGCCAUGUACAUUGCCUGAUCUACUAUUGAAGUACUCAGAGAAGACUGUUCCAGCAUUGUCUCUGAACAUUGUUGGUUUUUAAUUAUUGUUUCUCUUUAUAUGUUGUUAUAUGUAUAUGUGAUGUUUUUAUUUAUAAAAAUAUAUUCUGUAAAACUGUAAAUCUCACUGUAAAUAUAUUUUCUUUUACUCAAAGAA